AGAGGCGACAGAGAGAAGCGGACGCUAUUGUGCGCGGUUUCGCGAUUCUGAUGCGCUUCGCUGUGCGUGCGUGCGCCAUUGUUCUGCUCUCCGGGUUCUCGAACUCGCUGCUUAAUCUUCGCGGACCGGCGCAUACCAACGGGGGAGUUUAGCCACGUGAAGGAUGUCGGUCGUGCCUCCGAGUCGCUCCGCCGCUGGCUGGCCGCGCGGCGGCUCCGUUCAGUUCGGGAACAAGUACAUGGGCGGCCCGGCGAAGCCGCUCACCCUGGAGAGAACCAUCAACCUGUAUCCAUUGACAAACUACACAUUUGGUACCAAGGAGCCCCUGUAUGAGAAAGACAGUUCGGUGGCAGCCCGGUUUCAGAGGAUGCGGGAGGAGUUUGACAAGAUGGGCAUGAGGAGAACGGUGGAGGGCGUGCUCAUUGUCCAUGAACACAGGCUGCCUCAUGUCUUACUUCUACAGCUGGGGACGACUUUCUUCAAACUUCCGGGUGGAGAGUUGAAUCCAGGAGAAGAUGAAGUGGAGGGCCUGAAACGCCUGAUGACUGAGAUCCUCGGACGACAGGAUGGUGUGAAGCAGGACUGGGUCAUCGAUGACUGCAUUGGCAACUGGUGGCGCCCUAACUUCGAGCCUCCUCAGUACCCUUACAUUCCAGCCCACAUCACCAAACCGAAGGAGCACAAGAAGCUGUUCCUGGUUCAACUUCAGGAAAAGGCUCUGUUUGCAGUCCCCAAGAACUACAAGCUGGUGGCAGCACCACUCUUUGAAUUGUAUGACAACGCCCCUGGGUAUGGACCCAUUAUCUCCAGUCUACCACAGCUCCUGAGCAGGUUCAACUUCAUCUACAACUAAAGGACGCGGGAUAGCAAACCGAACGCAGCCGUCUCUGUGAGUGCGGCUGCGUUUGGUUGGGGGUUCGGAGACGGGAGGGAAGAAUUUUCUGAACGACAUACGGAGGAAAAACGUCACCGCAUCAGAAUUAUGGACAGAGCACUGGGUCGCCGUUUCGAUAGAGGAAAAUACUGUCUCGUGAUGUUUUUUUUUUUUUUUUUAUCUGAAAAGAAAGCAGCAGCUGUUCGCAGCUUCCAUUUUCCUUUCUCCCAAUGCGUCUCAAAUCCGGUUUUAUGCCUCUGAAGCAGAUGGUAAUGUUUGAUUAAAAAAAAAAAAAAACUACAGCAUUGACUUUCCUGUCAUUUUUAACUGUGGUGUUUUUGUUUGUUGGUUUUUUUAAUAAAGAAGUCCUUUCAUGGAGAUGUGCUCGUUUUUUCUGUUCUUUUUUUUUUUUUUUUUUUGGAGAAAUCGAUAAAGUUUCCGAGUUCAUUCGCGUCUCUAGGCGGAUGAGUCCAUGAUCCUUUCAUACGGCCGCUCCUCUGGACAAUGUCGAACGGGAGAAAUGAGGUUUGUCCUUUAACACAAGAUGUUUUUUUACACAAUCCCCCACAGAUAACAUGUCUGUGGGUUUGUACUUUUAAAUGAAAGUCUCAUGCGAGGGUCAAAGGUCAGGAUGUUGUGAUGCUGUAAAGCCCCUUGAGGCAAAUUUGUAAUUUGUGAUAUUGGGCUAUACAAAUAAAACUGACUUGACUUAAA